AUGGUCUCGGAAUCGACUCUCAGCAGUCGUGUUUCCUUGAUUUCCCUCGAUCCUGCGCUUGCCAGUCACAUUACAGGCACCACACGUGGCACCACGAUACCCGCGACCUCACAAAAUGGCUCCAGUCCGCGCAAGGCCACGAAGACCCCCGAAACCGACAUGUCUCGCAGACAUAUUAGGAAUAAUUCUGCUCCCAGCACGUCGGGAAAGAAAAGGUCGAAUUCUCUCCGCCGUGCCAAAAAUAGCACCGAAGUGUUGAGGCAGCGUUCCGCAAAGUCUUCCAAGAAAGCACAGCCGCUAGAGACAGUUCCAGACACGAGGGAAGGCCGAAAUUUCACGGUGGGUAAUGUUGGAACUGGAGGGGUCUUGUAUUUGACACCGUCUGCUCAUCAAUCUCCCCAUUCACACCCCCCUGGUAUGCUCUCUCCGGCUCCCUUGAAUACACCUAUUACUGCACCCGCUUUGCUGGGGAAUGGAGAUCCUGUGGUGCCCGCCCACGUCAAAGCCUCGUCGAAUCCUUCUAUAUCUUCUCACGCGGGCUCGACUUCCACCAAACGAUUUAUCAGAGCCUCGAAUAGGAGAGUGGCAGUUCCCAACCAUGGACGGUCGCAGUCUUUCUCGACCCUGGAGGAGCAUCGACAGUCGUUAACUGCUUCCAAAUCGAGAACUCUGAAAAUCGUGAUCAAUCGGCCUGACACGGCGAGACCCCCAACCACAUGGGAGUCCCCCCCCGAGCGUCCUACGCCGUUGUUGCCGACUUUAGAAGUCCCGAUUCCGCAUUAUCGCAUUGGCACCUUUCGUUUUAGCUCGCAAGGGACCCCUAUGCUGCGCAACUCUUCCUAUACUCACGGCUCGGUCACUCCGUCCGAUGUGACUCCCGCCCCAGCAACAAUGCAAGCCGAUCAGUAUUUUGGGGCGGCCCCUCCCGCAUCCAGCGUCAAGGCGUCUGAAAAACUUGAAGCAGCCCCGAUGGCUCAAGCAGGUGACCGUCCGGAUGUCAAAACACGUGUCAUCACCGCGUCCAAGUCCACCUCGACUACAGCGUCCACUAUGACCAACCCGGUCCAGCCGGAGGUGUUUGACGAGCUGACGGCGAUGUAUGACGACCCUUCGAUUGUUCGUUACUGCCAAAAUGUCCGAGAGAUUACGGCAGCCACUCCGGCCCGGAUCAUUGCGCAGAUUUCGUCCGACUCAUUUAUGGAUUAUGAACUGGUGUCUGAUUUCUUUCUCACUUUUCGAUUGUAUAUGUCCGCGUAUAGCGUCUUGGAUUUGCUCCUUGCCAGGCUGAGGUGGGCUAUCGGUCGAUUGGAAGAAGAUGGGAGGAUCAUUCGGGUUCGCGCUUUCGCCGCUCUCCGGCAUUGGAUUCUCAACUACUUCAUGGACGACUUCUUCGUCGAUCGACGUCUCCGGGUGCGUUUCUGCGCCGAAAUCAACAAACUAUACGCCGACGUCAAAGCCAGUCCAGAUAAUGGAUUUAGUGAUCUCAAACUCUUAAAGGAUCUGAAACGUUGCUGGAAUGGACGCUGUUCUCUCUGCUGGGACCCCGACGAUUUCGAAUUGGACGGCGAUCAAGAAGAAGAUAUCAAGCCCGGAGGGGUUGUUGAUUCCGAACGAACACCCAAACCGCCAGUGGACGCUCGCCACGUUCAAGCACGACCUGAAACACCACAGACGGAGGUCCUGCGCGGAACAUCACAUAGCUGGUUUGAAGCAGAUCCAGGCGUCAACAAUCAUCCGCAAUCUGCCGCUUCUGAUAAAGCCGCCGAUUCGCUUCUCAGUGAUGGCAGCGUUCAAGCUAAUUCCUGCUUUCCUCCCAAGGUUCUUCUCCUGCCCACUGCUGACACUGAUGUUUAUUCAAAGGGUCCACAUCCCGUCUCCGUCCAAUCAAGGCGGAAGAACGCUCCUGCAAACCUUCAUGUGGUGACCCAGCCCACAUUGGCACCCAAACCUUUAGGUCAUAGGAAAGGCGCCGGCUCGAUCGAUUCGAACCGAGAGCCCACACCCCGCAAGACUGAUGCCGAAUCUCCUUCCGUUGUUGCAGAAGACGGAAAUAUCAUUCGAGGUCUUUUGUACAGCCCGAGUGCCCCCUUCGUGCAAAUUAUGUCAUCAGACCCCAACUCGACCCCAUCAUGGGAUAGAAAUGAGACAGGGGUGAUGCGAGGGGGAUCGAGGAGGGAGCACGGUACACACUCAACCCAACCGGUUGGGAGGAACAUUUUUGGCUCAUUGCGCAAAGUCUUGGGGAAUAAGCAUGGACAAGUCGACAUGACACUUCUGAGUGUUUCACAAUCGGCCCAAGAUGUGCCCAUCCGAGGCCAAAAGUCCCAACUGCCCCUCAACAUCUCCAAGUCACACGAUGAGCUUCGACCGAAGGCUGGACCAGCCAUGACCCGAAAGGGUGAAAUACGCAUUGAUUUGCUAUGCGCGGCGGUAUGUCAAAACUACGAAACAAAAUUCCCGACAAAACACCGGAUCACUUAUGGCGCGUUCUUUGCGACCCAUCCGCCUUUGCAACCAGCAACGGGCGCUGAAGGAGAAAUGAAAACGCCGCGACUUGUCAGCGACACAACGGCUCAAAGUGGCUCCAUUUUGAUUGUGGAUGAUACCGGCCUUGAUCUUCCCUCGAUGUCCGGAGCGCUGCCGGCGCCGGAAAAUGGCGUCAGUGGUCAACAAGCUGGAUUGGGACCACUUCUUACUGUUCCCAACGGACACAGCACUGCACCCGCUGACCGUAAUGGAAGUAUCGAUGCGGUUCGGACCCAGAGAAGCUCGAAUGUCCUCGGAAACGAGCUGGGUGUGCCGUCGGCGCCAGGCAGUAAUGACAGCUCAGAGCACGUGGCAGACGGCCCCACCCAGUCUGAACGACAACCCGAGGAUCAGACGGCGACAAGAAGCGCCACUGACAGGCCUCAGUCACCCACAACGACAAGUUCUCGAACCGUUCAGGAUGACAACAAGUCACUCGAUGUUCCUCAGCCCGUCGGUAACGCUGCCCCAGCCGAGGAGCCCUCGCCACUCACAGGUCCCGUCGGCGCACAGGAGGAAGAUAAAGCAUCACGUCCUAAUUCAGAUACCAAGCUGCCAGCUCACACUCUGCGAAGAAGGCCGGGGGGGAAUUUACGUCGGGUUGAGAAUGUUCAGGAUCUGGAUCACGCCAUUCACCGCGUAUCCAUCGACACAGUCAGCGCAGGAUCAGAUUCACCGCACGAAUCUCUGUUUAUCAUGAAAACAGAGACUGCUAACCGUAGUGCGUCGCCCGAUGUGCCGCCGCCCAACAAGCCCGUGUCGAUGAUCAACACUCAUUCUUCGCAACAUCUUCGGCCUUCCUUUGAAGCGGCCGUCGCUGGCUUUUCCGCCAUUCCUGACGACGAGGAUGGUGGAUUAGAGGCGACACUGAUGAAGCUUGAAGGGCGGUAUGAGAAGAAGUCACCACCGAUGGAUCAGCAUCCACUGGAUACCACAGGAAAGCGUCGAUCACUGCCCGACCUCAGUUCCGGCUCCGCGCGAGAACUGAAAGAACCAGUCCAGCCUGCGAGCCUUGCCGGUCCGGCCACGCGCCCUAUUGACAACGGGGUUCGUGAAACAGUCAAUGAAGUCGGCUCUGAAAUGUCUGAUGACGGAAUUGCUUCCGAACAAGCCAAGAAUGUGGACGCAGAGCCCUCGCCCGCACGGAGGUCUUCGAUCUAUGGCCUUCCGACCGAGUCGAUCGCAGAUUCGGAGGAUUCUGAAGGCUCCUUACCAUUGUUGAAACGUGAGACGGCUCAUGAAAGCGCGGCGGGACCUCCGCCGCCGGUCAAUAGAACUCCAGAAGCUCCGGCGGUUGCGCCUGGUUAUCUUCCGCAAGAUCCUCCUCAGCUGUUUCACCUCCCUAAAGGACCUCCUCCGAGCGGAAACAAAAAUCGAAACAGUCCUCCUCGACCGUCAACCGCCAAUGACAGCACUCGGUCUUUUCUUCUAGAUGAGGAUGAGAAUCUGUCGGAUUUGUCCUCGGAAAUUUCCGUCGACAUUAUCAACUACUCAGGAGUUGCUGGCCGGUCUAUUUCGCCCAUGCUCGCAGCACCCGGAACCGCUAUCUCUGGGCUUGAGAUACCGGCGCACCCUUUGACAUAUGCCUCGGUGGUGAACUUGAACAUCCCUGAAGCGUCUCCACCCCAACGAGUCUCCGAUCCAGUCCCCCAGACAAAUGGCGACAAUUACGCAAAGGUGCGACCACGUCCCGAUUCGCGCCAGCCUGCACAAUUCCAAGAGUCUUCAUCCUCUCAGCCUCUGGGACGGCUGCCGGCUGGUCCGGCACACAUCCCUUUUGUUCUCGCGUGCGAUUCCCAAGUUCUUGCGCAGCAAAUGACACUCGUGGAAAAGUCAGCCCUCUGCGAAGUCGAGUGGUCGGACUUGGUGGAGAUGCGGUGGGACAACAAAUCUGCCGAAGUUCUGGAUUGGGUAGAUUGUUUGACCAAUGGAAGCAUCAGGGGGAUCGAUUUGGUCAUUACCCGCUUCAACCUUGUGGUGAAAUGGGCGUUGUCGGAAAUCGUUUUGACCCAGGAUAUCCAAGAGCGAGCCCGAGUUAUCACCAAGUACAUCCAUGUCGCAGCCCAUGCACGACGGCUGCAUAAUUAUGCGACAAUGCUACAGCUCACGAUAGCUCUCACUUCGACGGACUGUACACGGCUGUCAAAGACCUGGAGCAUCGUUUCAGCUCCUGACAAAUCCUUACUCAAGCACAUGGACGCUCUUGUGCAACCGAUUCGCAAUUUUCAUGAUCUUCGUCUGGAAAUGGAGUCAGCCGACCUCAGCGAUGGCUGUAUUCCGUUCAUAGGUCUGUAUGUUCAUGAUUUGACUUAUAAUGCCCAGAAGCCGCCAUAUAUCCCAACUGGGCAGGGAGCCGAGCCUUUGGUCAACUUCGAGCGCUAUCGGACCGCCGCUAUAAUCGUGAAGGGCCUCUUGAGACUGAUUGAUGCGAGCUCAAGAUAUAAUUUCGAGGCCAUUCCAGGAGUAAUCGAGCGGUGUCUGUGGCUGGCGGCUCUUGGUGAUGAUCGGAUACGCAGCGCCAGCAGGGCAUUGGAAAAUUAA